UGGCCUUGUUGCUGUAGCAGGCGCUAGCAUAGCGCUGUUAGAUGUAGAUUGGUGCUAACAUUUUAAAGUUGCUACCAGAGAUCGUUAAAUGAACAACAACGCGAGCUGUCCGUUUGCCAAGCCGGUGACAUAUUUGCUGUCGUGAACGUUAUGACUAAGUUAUUUUUAGGACUCAGGUUGUGUUCUUAGCACUAGCCUCUGAGCAAAGGUCUGACUGGCAGACAUGGAGACUCGGGGAAUCGAAGACAUGUUUGACUUUCGUCGGCUUCCCAAAGAUGCAAUUGUUCUGCUGCUGCUCCUGAUUUACUUUCCAGUUGGCAUUUGUUUGAUGCUUAUACGGAUUUUUAUUGGCAUCCACGUGUUCCUGGUCAGCUGUGCCCUUCCUGAAAGUUUUGUCAGAAGGUUUAUUGUGAGAGUCAUGUGGUCAGUCCUGGGUUUGCAUGUAAGACAGAAAAACCCUCGUUCCAGAGAUAAAAACACCAAGCUGUACAUAUGCAAUCAUGUGACAGAGUUUGACCACAACAUAAUCAACCUCCUGACCCCCUGCAAUACUCCACAGCUAGAAGGCUCUAAAGGCUUUGUAUGUUGGGCAAGAGGCUUUAUGGAAAUCCAUGCAACAUCUGGUCAGAGAGCAAUAGAAGACGCUCUUCAGAGAUACUGCUCAUCUGAUGGAACCUCACCUUUGCUUGUGUUUCCUGAGGAGGACACAACAAACGGUCGUGCUGGCCUGCUUAAGUUCAAUUCCUGGCCUUUCUCACUAACUGAUUCAAUCCAGCCUGUGGCCUUAAGGGUGAACAGACCAUUGGUCGCUUUGAGCACACCAGAGUGCAGUUGGUUAAUGGAGCUGUUGUGGACAUUUUUUGCUCCAUGUACAGUGUAUCAUGUAAGUUGGCUCCCACCAGUAUCCAGACAAGAUGGUGAAUCCACGCAGGAGUUUGCUGACAAAGUCCAGGAGCUAUUAGCAGGUGAACUCAGCUUGGUGUCUACAAAGAUCACUAAAGCUGAUAAAGCAGAGCACAUCAAAAGAAAAAGGCACGCUAUACCACAAACAUCUGCAGGUGUCAGACCUGGUUCUAUUGGGCUUGGUUUCAUGGUCCAUAAUUUGGGCACAGAUGAUCAUACAAUUGCUAAGAUGGCCCAGCAAGUGAAGGAUGUGCUUCCUCAUAUCCCCCUGAAUGUCAUCACAAAGGACCUAGCAAAAACAAAUUGUGUUGACACCACUAUAACAAAUCUGUUGGAAAACAAAGAAGAAUCUUCAAUGGAAGCAACUGGGACAUCUACAUUUGGAUCUAAGCUCAGCUCCUACUCUUCUGGUUCUGCUCCCACCAUAAAGCCUGCUGCCAAAUGUUUUGGGAAAUCACCAGUUGACAGACACUUGUCUCUGCAAGAGAGAAAAGAAGCGCUAUAUAAUUUUGCAAGAAGACGUUAUAUUGAAAAGCAUGGACUGGAUCAAGGAGAAAGUCACUGAACACACUUUGAGUCAAGCCGUCUUUGGUCUGAUAGAAGCAUAUUCAACUUGUUUUGCAGUCUAAGUUAAAUGGUGAUUUUAUAUUCUGUCAACAGAUUUUGUUAUUUACAAAAAAGUAUUCAGAACAUGUGAUGAAAUGGUUUUAUGCAUGUUGCAUUCUUCAUUCUGGCUGACACAUAAUUUUGAUAACAAUUUGUAUAACAAUCCACUGACUGUGAAUCAUCUAUUUAUUUUUAUAAUGUCCAGACUUGUUGAUGAGAAUAAAGAGCAGCUUGACCUUG